CAGCUGACUCGAUAUCGGGAAAGAGCACGGCCCUUAGAACCGAAAGAGAAAGCAGAUAACCAUCUGCACGUGACAAAACAGGCUGCGGGGACAGCCAGCCCAGCACCGGCAGCAGCCGCAGAACAGCUGGGCUCCUGGAAAGGCAGCACAGCCCUCUCCAGCCUGUUUCAGCUCCACACCCACCCAAAUGGGCAGCCCAUUCAGAACAAUGGGUGUCCUCCACGUGACCUUCCAGUCUCUCCAGAAGCCUGUUGAGAAGAAGCCCUCCAAGGGAGUCUACAAGAAGUGAGGGAGAAGUGACCAGGGGAAGUGGACAGACCUGGGUGGACAGUGCUUCAAUGCUAUGUGGCUCAGCAAGGAGUGAUAGCCUUUCCUGAUGCCACUUCCCUGCUUUUCAGCGUGAAGCAGAAGCCUGUUCACUGCAGAAGAGGACAGUACACACUCUGGGAAGAGGAGCAGUCGGGUUUGCCAACCAGUCUGCGAGAGGAGCAAGGUGGAUGGCAAUCACAGGCAUCCCCACAGCAGCUUUUACCAUGGUAGCAAGAAAGCAUGCAGGCACCAGGAUGGGUCUUCUGCCACAGAGGUGUACCAAGAACCUGCUGCACCUGCUGAUAUUACUGGAGACUGUUGGGGCCUUGGCCUUGAUGUCCUAUGCACUGCUGUACGAAGCUGGAAACCUGGUGAACCUCCCUGACAAACGCAUCGGCUUUUACAGCUUCUGCCUGUGGAACGAGACAGCUGGGGAGCUGCAGUGCCUGGACACCAAGCACCUGCAGGCAAUGGGCAUCAGUCUACUACAGCUGGGACUAGCCAGGGUCUGUGUGUAUACCUGCCUGGUCUUCAUCCUCUUCCACCUCCCUUUUCUUUUAAAUGUGAAUUGCACAGGGCAGGGAGAGGAAUGGAAUAUGAUUCGCAUCAUACCCGUCAUCAAGCUGAUAAUCCUGUCUGGAGGCCUGGGUAUGUUUCUAUUGCAAACCUCGCGGUGGAUUCAUCCCUCUGAUUUCACUGGAGGCUUCCUGGCACUGCUUGGGACUCAGGCUCUGCUACUGCUCCAGAUUCUCACUGCCACUGUGCUCCUCAGCUGGGUCAAGCACACACAUAUGUGUGAAAACCAUUUAACUGAGGUGGCCGGGCCCGCUAAGAUUUGACAGUGAAGAAGAUGCAAGAGCUAUCAGUAACAUGAUUUAAAAUUGUAAUCCAAAUACAGCUUUACUCCCUAGAAAAAAUCUGAUUCCCUGUCCAAAGGCUCAUGUCCAGCCAUGCUCUGGCACAUUGCUGUGUGCAGCACUCCUGCAUCAGGCUGGCAGCAGACACCAAGAGCCACAGCACAGCCACAGCACAGAAGCUUUCCAGGUACAGGCUGUACCUUCCCAGCUUCAACAGCGUGUAACACCCCUCAGUUUGGGGCACGGCAUCAAAGUGGCAGCACUUCUGGCCCCAAAGAGCAGUGAAGGUAGCAGAACCAGCACGCAGUAAACACAGGCCUCUGCUCACACCUACUCUAAGUAAAAAAUGUUGCUAGCAUGUCAUAGUGUGUGAUUAAAUUUGUAACUAACAAAGUACUUUUAAUACAUUUUGCCCUACCAUGUAAUAAAGAUAAAGGGAGUUUAAAAGAAGGAUCUGUAGAUUGUGUUUAACUAGGAACUAACAAAUGCUCAGGAAAAGGUAACCAAUAGGUAAUUUCUUCAUAAGUACAUAGGAUACAUAUAACUUAAAUAGGCUUCCAAUCAACAACCAACCUUCAAGGCUGUGAAGAAAGCCAUCUAGGAUGAUACUGAAGUAACACCAGAAAGAAACAGUUUUGUAGUUUGAAAACAAGGUAACAGACUGAGCAUGCACUGAUAAAGAAAGUGCAAUAAAAGGACAAGUUGAUGCAGAUGAUUAAAUAACCACCAAAACUCCUACAUGGGGUAGUAAUAAACCCUAAAGGACACUAGAUGGCAGAAAAGACUGAAACAGUUAAGUCCGGUUCGUAUAAUCAUUUUCCAAAACAUGAGUUUUAUGUUACUGAUUUUUCUGUAUAGUGAGUAUGUAACAGCUUUGUGAGUAUACACUGCAUUAAUUCAUCCAGUGGCUGGGUGAAUUUAUGUAAAUAAAGAACGCCUGCUUAAUAGUGA